AUGUUUGCCGCGAUCGCAAGGACCGCAAGGACAGAGGCUCGGUCGCCCGCUCUUAGGAAUAUCAUUCCCAAACAAACCCAGACGCCACUGAGAUUGGCAACAAUGGCUUCUAGAAGGAACAACUCCUCCCUGCCCGCCGGCUACGUCGAGGACAAGUCCAAGGGCCCAAUGCUCCGCUUCCAAGACUCUCUCCCCAAGCUCCCCGUCCCAACCCUCGAAGAGACCGCGGCCCGCUACCUCAAGUCCCUCAAGCCUCUCCUCUCCCCCGCCGAGCUCGAGAAGAGCACAAAGGCGGUCCAGGAGUUCAUCGCCCCCAACGGCCCCGGCCGCAAGCUCCAGGAGAAGCUCCUCGCCCGCCGCGAGGACCCCAAGCACAAGAACUGGAUCUACGAGUGGUGGAACGACGCCGCUUACCUCUCCUACCGCGACCCCGUCGUCCCUUAUGUCAGCUACUUUUACUCUCACCGCGAUGACAAGCGCCGCCGUGACCCUGCCAAGCGCGCGGCGGCCAUCACCACCGCCGCGCUCGAGUUCAAGAAGCAGGUUGACACGGGCACGCUGGAGCCCGAGUACAUGAAGAAGCUGCCGAUUUGCAUGGAUAGCUACAAGUGGAUGUUCAACUGCAGCCGUGUGGCUGCCAAGCCGGCGGAUUACCCCGUCAAGUUUGACCCGGCGCAGAACAAGCACAUUUUGGUGAUCCGCAAGAACCAGUUCUUCAAGGUCGCGCACGAGGUCAACGGGCAGCAGCUUAAUACCUCUGAGCUGGAGCAGGCGUUCCGUCGGGUUUAUGAGCUCGCCGGGCAGCGGGUUCCUGCUGUUGGCGCCCUGACGUCGGAGAACAGAGAUGUCUGGACCGACGCGCGCGCGAAGCUCUUGUCUGCCGACCCCAAGAACGCCCAGUCCCUCGAGGCGAUUGAGUCGGCUUCGUUUGUCGUCUGCCUUGACGAUGCGGCUCCUGUGACGCUUGAGGAGCGCGCGCAUGCUUACUGGCAUGGUGACGGGCAGAACAGGUGGUAUGACAAGCCGCUUCAGUUCAUUGUCAACGACAAUGGCACGUCGGGUUUCAUGGGGGAGCACUCCAUGAUGGACGGCACGCCCACCCACAGGCUGAAUGACUUUGUCAACGACGUCAUUUUCAACAACAAGCUCGACUUUGCCGACCCGACUGUCCGGAGCAAUCUGCCCGAGCCUCAGGUUGUCAAGUUUGUCGUCAACAAGGAGGUGCAGUCCGAAAUCGACAGGGCCAUCACCGACUUCAACAACGUCAUUGGCCAGCACCAGCUCGCGGUGCAGGCGUACCAGGGAUACGGCAAGGGGCUGAUCAAGAAGUUCAAGUGCAGCCCCGACGCGUACGUGCAGAUGAUCAUCCAGCUGGCGUAUUUCAAGAUGUACGGCAAGAACAGGCCUACGUAUGAGUCUGCCGCUACCAGACGCUUCCAACAAGGCCGUACCGAGACUUGCAGGACUGUUUCCGAGGAGUCAGCGAACUGGUGCAAGAGCAUGGCUGAUCCUGCCAUUCCCGACUCUGAAAAGGUGACCCUGUUCAGAAAGGCGAUUGAUGGGCACUUGGAGUACAUCUCUGCCGCGAGCGACGGCAAGGGCGUGGACAGGCAUUUGUUUGGGCUGAAGAGGUUGUUGGGCAAGGGGGAGGAGGUGCCGGCUCUGUAUCAGGAUCCGGCGUAUGGGUAUUCUAGCUCGUGGUAUCUCAGCACCAGCCAGCUGUCGAGUGAGUUUUUUAACGGGUACGGGUGGAGUCAGGUUAUUGAUGAGGGGUUUGGGAUUGCGUAUAUGAUUAAUGAGAAUAGCUUGAACUUCAACAUUGUCAGCAAGGGCCUCGGGAGCGAAAAGAUGAGCUACUACCUCAGCGAGGCGGCCGGCGAGAUGAGGGACUUGUUGAUUCCUACUCUUGAGGCGCCCAAGGCCAAGAUCUGA